GUAUUAUGUAAAAAAAAAAUACAAAUUUUUAAUACGAGAUACAUUCUUUUUGUUGAAUACAACAUACAAUUUUUUUUUGGAGAUGAAUAUGGAACAAGAUAUUGUUAGGACUUAGGAGGACAUGGGAAUGACAAUGUCGGAAUCAUCUCUUCUUGCUUCUCCUUUUCUCCACUCCAACAGUGGGAUCCAUUCAGAUUCUUUCUACGCCUCGCUUAUCGGCAGCUCCACUCACAAAUCUCAGCUUAGGCAAAUCCACGCACGUUUAUUUGUAUUGGGUUUGCAGCUCAGUAGUUUAUUGAUCACCAAGCUCAUCCACGCAAGCUCUUCCUUUGGUGACAUACGCUUCGCACGCAAGGUGUUCGACGAUUUGCCUCGCCCUCAGAUAUUCCCUUGGAAUGCUAUUAUAACGGGUUAUUCAAGAAACAAUCUCUUCCAAGAUGCGCUUCUCAUGUAUUCCAAGAUGCAACUCGCUCGCGUCUCUCCUGAUUCCUUCACUUUCCCUCAUCUUCUUAAAGCUUGCAGCGGUUUGCCUCACCUUCAGAUGGGUCGGCUCGUGCAUGCUCAGGUGCUCAGGCUUGGAUUCGAAGCAGAUGGGUUUGUUCAGAACGGUCUCAUUGCACUGUACGCGAAGUGUAGGCGUAUGGGGAGUGCGAGAACUGUGUUUGAAGGGCUGCCAAUGUCAGAGAGAACGGUAGUCUCGUGGACGGCUAUUGUUUCAGCUUAUGCUCAGAACGGUGAGCCUCUGGAGGCGUUAGAGAUUUUCAGUCAGAUGAGGAAGAUGGAUGUGAAGCUUGAUUGUGUAGCUCUCGUCAGCGUUCUCAAUGCUUUUACGUGCCUGCAGGAUUUGGAGCAAGGGAGAGCUGUUCAUGGUUCUGUUGUGAAGAUUGGUCUUGAAACAGAGCCUGACUUGCUCAUCUCUCUCAACACCAUGUACGCAAAGUGUGGCCAAGUCGAAACCGCCAAGAUUCUCUUUGGUAAGAUGAAGUCACCGAACUUGAUUUUGUGGAACGCCAUGAUCUCUGGGUAUGCGAAGAACGGCUAUGCCAAAGACGCUAUUGAUGCGUUUCAUGAGAUGAUCAAUAAAGGUGUAAGACCUGACACCAUCUCCAUAACAUCUGCCGUUUCGGCUUGUGCUCAAGUAGGUUCUCUUGAGCAGGCUCGCUGGAUGGACGAGUAUAUAGGCAGGAGCGACUACAGGGAUGAUGUUUUUAUUAGCAGCGCCCUUAUCGAUAUGUUUGCUAAAUGCGGAAGUGUAGAGUGCGCAAGAUCAGUUUUCGACAGAACACUUGAUAGAGACGUUGUGGUGUGGAGUGCUAUGAUCGUUGGGUAUGGACUGCACGGGCGGGCUAGAGAAGCUAUCAGUCUAUACCGUGCUAUGGAGCGUGGUGGAGUGCAACCCAAUGACGUCACUUUCCUGGGGCUUCUCGUGGCUUGUAACCAUUCAGGCUUGGUAAGAGAAGGCUGGUGGUUCUUCAACAGGAUGACAGACCACAAAAUCAACCCGCAGCAGCAACACUAUGCAUGCGUCAUCGAUCUUCUGGGGCGUGCUGGUCAUAUUGAUCAAGCUUAUGAGGUGAUCAGAUGCAUGCCUAUCCAUCCCGGUGUAACGGUUUGGGGAGCGCUCCUAAGCGCCUGCAAGAAACAUCGCCACGUGGGCUUGGGAGAGUACGCAGCUCAACAACUUUUCUCAAUAGACCCAUCCAACACUGGCCAUUACGUGCAGCUAUCUAAUCUGUAUGCUGCAGCUCGUUUGUGGGACCGCGUUGCAGAGGUGCGACUGAGAAUGAAGGAGAAGGGAUUGAGCAAAGACGUUGGAUGCAGCUGGGUUGAAGUAAGGGGAAGGUUGGAGGCUUUUCGAGUUGGUGAUAAGUCGCAUCCAAGAUAUGAAGAGAUUGAGAGACAAGUGGAGUGGAUUGAGACUAAACUGAAGGAAAGUGGAUUUGUGGCGUACAAGGAUGCAUCGCUGCACGAUCUCAACGAUGAAGAAGCUGAGGAGACUCUGUGCAGCCACAGCGAGAGGAUAGCUAUUGCGUAUGGACUUAUAAGUACGCCCCAAGAGACAACGCUGCGGAUCACAAAGAAUCUGAGAGCUUGUGUGAACUGUCACGCUGCUACAAAAGUUAUCUCGAAGCUUGUGGGUAGAGAGAUUGUUGUGAGAGACACCAAUCGGUUCCACCAUUUCAAGGAUGGAGUUUGUUCGUGCGGUGAUUAUUGGUAAUAGAAGAUAGAUACUGGAUGUCUGAAAGUU